AGACCUGUGUGGUUCAGAUGAGCCAAAGUAACACAAGGGGGCAGCAAAGGGCCUUUUUGAUCACAAUGUCAUUUCCCUCUUUGUACAGCCUGAAGAGGGGCAACUAUAAAUGCAUUGUGAUUAAGAUUCUACAUCUUUAUUUACACAAUAGCAGGAAAUGGAGAGAGUGUCACUGUUCUCAAUAUGAUGCAUAGUCAAACCGGUGCAUGCAUGGCUGCAUAAAUCAAGUUAAACCAGCAGCCUUACUGACAGUUCUACAGGGGGAACUCUAAAACUAGGUAAUGCUGCAUAAACCUGUAUACUAAGAGCUGUUCUGUAAUUUAAAGAUUUCCAAAUAAACGAAAAGACAUUAAGUAGGUAAACUGAUUUUUAUUUAUUUUUUUAAAGAUGUCCAAGUCUGUGUGUUGUAAAUGUGAUUAACACUUAAAACAUACGAAUGAACUUAAUUUGGGGAGUUAUAUUUUUCAAAGGCUGUCUCAUAACACGUCAUUCACGCAUUGACAAGAGCAUAUUUAGAUAGAUCAGGAAGUGUUCUGUCACUCUAGCGCUGACUGAGCAGACUGCUUCUGGCUGUCUGCUUUCAUCUAUAAACAUACAUCAUCAGAGCAAUGUCAGUCAUCUAAUGAACCACUGAGGACGCCUCUCCUCCAGGACAAGCACAUGGAAACAGCCAGAUCCAGGCAGGAUGGGUUCCAGACUGAAACAAAACCCUGAGCGAACUUUCAACUGGUUCUUUGAAGCAACAUGUCCUGUAGCCAGAGACAAAGAUCCUGGAAUAAAGUUUCAGUUUCCAGAAGACUUCGAUGAUGAGGAGUCUACUCAAACUUUGCCAAAGUUCUGCUUCCCAUAUGACAUACAAAAACCAAAGGAUAAUGUUGCCGUGCAGCACUUUACUUUUGUUUUGACUGACUUGGAGGGAUGCCAGCGCUUUGGUUUCUGUCGCCUCACCAAUGGCACACAGACGUGCCUUUGCAUCCUCAGUUAUCUUCCAUGGUUUGAGGUGUUUUACAAACUUCUCAACAAUUUGGCGGAUUACCUCUCCAAAGGACAGAUUAACGAGAUUAAAGCGCUUCUGGCUGUUCUCCACAAACAAUCCAUACCUCUGGCUCCUGGAUCGGUCACCCUGCAGAUGGGAGAGCAGCUUUUGGUGAGCACUGAUGUGUCCUGUCCUGUCGGACACACAGAGGGACAGGAGGGGAUUCCAUAUUUUAUCGCUCCAGACCCAAAGAGUCUUCCUUCUAUUCCUGAAAAUUUCAUUGACAGUCGCCUGGACAUUCUUAACAAAGGGAAGGGACCAGAUGACCUCUUUGAGGAUGAGAUAACAAAGUGUGAAAUGACAGCAGGGAGGGGCAAAUCCUAUCAGCAGUUAGUUGGCAAUUUAAGGAGAGGUGGUGGAGCUCUAAUCCUCAACAUGAAGACCAAAGCCAAUAUGAAGGCCAAAGUUCUUUCCAAGUCUGGUUUGAAAAACCUGCUGAUUCAAAAGGUCCACCAUGAGGAUCACAGCCUGCAGAGGGGGGGAUCAAUGUUACACCGCCGUGCUCAGUCUGACAGCUUACAGAGCCGGCUGCCAAUCACACAGCAUUUUGGAAAAUCACGACCCCGUCGACCUGGUCAUAAACUCAGAGAGACGGAAUACUCAAAUGACCCUGAAGACCUCAGAGACAGUGAGGUGUCGGGAUCUGCUGGAGAGCUUGACUCUGAGCUCCCCAAGGAAGAAGAAGAAGGUGAUGAUUCACCAUUAUGUGACCCAGAGGAGAUGGAUCUCCUUGGGGAGAUCUUUGACACACUUAGUUCACGCAGCUCCCAUGACCGAGGCCUGCUGUAUGGGACUCGCAGCCUGGAUUUGUUUGGACCAGACAGCCAUGAUUACAUCAUAAAGCGUGGUACAGCCAACCCCAGCCAGGAGAGCCUGUCCCUUUCCAUCAGCGGCAGCGGCAGCUUGCACAGCUGGAAUCUGGAGACCACAGAGGAGCUUUCUGAUCAGAUAGAGGACACAGAAUGGCAUUGUCUGGACACCAGCUUGGCAGAAGAGGAGGGGGCAGAAUGUCCUCUGGUGGCAACUGAUGUUGACGAACAUGAAGCAAGACAGAAGGAGGACAGAGGAAAAGAGAAAGAAGCAAAUGGAGAACUAAAUGGGAAACAGGAAAUAAACAACAUAAAUAACUUUGAGGAAAUUAAGGUAGAAGAGGAGGAAAGUAAGGAAAAACAAGAAAAUAUGGCGAGAUUUGAUGAAAGUAGUGUUGAAGAAAUAACUGAAGGGUUGCAAGAUAAAAGGAUAGAGGAUUCAAGGAAAGACGAUGAAAUCCAAAGUAAGUUGGUAGCACUAGUACAAGAGGAGGAAGAGGAAAAAAAAGAUGUGCAAGAGAAUGAGACAAAAGAAGAAGCGAAAGAAAUCCAAGAAGGAAAGAAUAUUGUUUCUAAAGAAACAAACUCAAAGUGUAUAAACAGGAAUGACCCACUUUCACACUCGGUGGAAGAGCUGCAAAAUGAAGCUGCAGUCCCUCCAUCGCCUAGUAAUAAUGCUGCAAACCCCAAACAUUCUGCAUCUCACGACGAAAACAUUGAUAAAACCCCAAAGAAAGAGGAUGGGACGCGCCUGACCUCACCUCCUCCCAAAGUGCACUCUGCUGUCGCACGCUUCCAGGCUCAGCAAUGCAGCCAGCAAGGAUUUCAGCGAAGGACCAUUUCUAAGAACUCCGUUGAGGUUCCUCUCCGUUGCAGGGAAAAGGUACAGACUCUAUAUGACGUAAACACAAACAAAAACAUAGAGGCGCCUGAGGAGGAGGAGGAACGCCCUCUGGUCAAAGUGUCUGAACUAAAGAAGAGAUUUGAGGCUUAAUGUAUGUAACACCAAAGGCUUCAUCCAUCCACGGUCCUCUUUAUCCGAGACCAGUUGAUGGUGUUACACCAGCCUCCAUUUCGCAGGUAUUCCAGUUUGGUCCUUGAGAAGAAGAGAUACAUAGCAUUUCCUGUGAAUUCUGGUUCGGUUGGUCUUAUGUUAAUCCCUAUUGGAACUCUUCCUCAGGACUCAAGACAUAUUGCUUUAUUGAAGACACACACGCAUGCAAAAACAAUUUUUGGUUCUCAAGUGACCCUAAAUCAAACUAAAGCACCAGCAGACUAAAAAACCCAAAGCAGGUUGUUUUAUUUAUGUUCAUUUUAAAAUUGUUUUUUUUCUAAGGGUAGAAGUUGCUGGUUUCAAUGGUAGCAGCUGAUACUAGUGUGCUGGAAGAGAGACAUAUCUGACAGUAAGGAUGGUGUGUAUAAUAUGGUUACAGUUGAGAUUUUUGUUCUGGUUCUUUCAACUUACUAAAGAUAUUCUUACCUGUAAUAAUAUACAUUGGUAUAAAUGCUGCAAAUUUGCAGAAAAGUCAAUAAUACAGAUUUUUGAAAUGACCUGUUGUCAAAUAGUGGAUGCAACACUAUUUUGUCAAGGAAUUGUGCAUUUUCAUAAUACCUUAUGGUUUGUCACAGUUUUCUCAGAUGAAUACUUCUGUGUAAAAAUGGAGGUUUUGGGUUAGUAUGCAUGUCAAAAUACAAUUUCCAUGACACUGUACAAAUGAUAGCCUGAGCAAAAUAGAAAAUUUAGUUGAACUUUUGCAAAGAUGGAAAAGUCUUGCCUACCUGCCUAAAGCGAUAUAAUUUUGUAAAGAAACACCAGGUGAACCUCUGUUGAAUAUCUUAAAAGUGACCCAAUGAU